CCUGGUUGUUUGGGUGGGGACACACCUGAUCGCAGAUCCAUCGCCAGAAAGCAAGAAGGAGCUGCAAACCUGCGAAGGCAUGGAGCCCAACCCCCGAUCAACUCAUUGUCUUCCUUCAUUACCUGCAAUUGCAGCAAAUCAACAUUGCGGCCUUUGCCCUUCGUGGUCCUCAUGUGGUCACACUUGGUACCUUGUACAGGGAAUGGGAUUUGGUCAGCCCCAACAAUAAGGAUUCAAUCCUCUGCAGCUCCUUGUUGGGGUCCACCUGUUGGUAUGUUCUGCAGCAGUGCCACUCGUUGAGGAAGAGGCGGAACUGUGGCUGCUGCUCCUUCUCUGCUACUUGAGAGUCUCUGUAGCAUUUCGGAUUGUUUCUGGCUGCCACUGCACCACUGUGCUUGUUCUCUAGACCCCCAGCUGAAAGUCUAGGCCACAAUCAGGGAACAAUGAUAAAACAUAUGGGGAAUGUGAAAGUAGGGCUGGGCCAGCAACAAUGUCGACGGAGCAUUGCACGCGAAAAAGCGGGAUCGGUGACAAAAAGCCUUGCUAAUGCCCAACGAGCAAGCCAGUCGCAAAGCAAAGGGCUGCCCUCGGGGAAUGGGUCGAAGUCGUCGUUUAAUGGCUCUCAGCGAAAGAGGGCGGUGGUCCAGAAGAAGCUUUCCGUCAAUGGCGUGCUGUCAACAAGGCAAGCUUCUGAAAACUCUGAGUUGGAAAACCUGCUGCUGGAGAUCAUUACGGGGCCUGUGGAGAAGGUGAGCACCUGGCUGGAGGAACUCUCGCAGGAGAAAACUGCCGCCAUACAGCAGCAUGUGAAAGACAUCCUCAAACGGAAAGAUGGCAGAGGUACGUUCAUGCACCUGCAGAAGGUGUUGGAUGCCCGAAGCGACUUACAAGAGAGUGAUCUGGCAAAGGCACACCGCACGGCACUGCAGAUUCUUGCGACCGUGCGUACUGGGAUCUUGGGAUACCUUCAAGACGAGGUGGACAUUCCAUCUCAGUGUCUUGCACAAAUCAUCCUGCAAAAGAGGUGUCGUAAUGUUGCCUGUUUAUCCGAGCUUCCGGCCGACUCGUGUACCUGCCACCGCUGCAAGAUGCAUGGAUUCUGCAACAUGUGCAUGUGUGUGGCCUGUUCUAAGUUCGACUUUGACUCAAACACUUGCCGCUGGAUCGGGUGUGAUUACUGUUGUCACUGGUGCCACACGGAAUGCGCUCUGAAAGGGAGAAUGAUUAGGCCCUGGGGAGAAGCAGGAGCAGGUAAAGGCAAGGGCAGGCAUCUCCAGGAGUUCAAGUGUCCAGCUUGUAAUCAAAAUUCUGAGCUCUAUGGCUUUGUGAAAGAUGUUUUCCAGGUUUGUGCAUCUGCCUGGCAAUCCGAUGUUAUCCGUCUUGAGCUCGACUAUGUUCGGCGAAUGUUUGAGAAGUGCCAAGAGCCGCGGGGGCAGAAGCUUCACAAGAAGGUAGUUAAACUGCUGGAUGGACUGAGUCCAGGUGGGCCGCUGGCCGAUAUGCAUGCGAAACUGGGUACCCUGUUCAAUGAGUCAGACAGUAUUUCGUUCAGCAGCAAGUCCCCAUCGCCUGGUGUGAAAGUCGAGGCACACGACGGCAAGUAUGACGAUGAUGUUGGGCCGCCCAAGAAGUUGAAGCGUGUGCUGGACGCCAAAGCUUCCUGGCAACUAGUGGGCAGUGCGUUCUCCAAGGUUGAAGCAGAUGCUAAGGCAACGUCGAUAGAUCUCAAGAGGGCUCGACUCCACUAUGAGAUGUGUGCAAAUGAUUGCGAAGAGAGGACGAGGGAAGCCCGGGCACUCGAGUCGGAACGGAAUGCGAAGCGGCAGCAGAUGGAGCAACUGGAGACGAUUGUGAAGCUGAAGCUGUCAGAGGCUGACAUGUUCCAGCUUCGUGCGGAAGCUGCUCGGAGCGAAAUGACUGAGCUGGAAAGGAUAGCAGUCGCGAAGACACAGAGAAUUGAAGGUGAGUAUUCUGUAAGGUAUUCUCGGCUGAAGCUUGAAGAAGCGCAAGCAAAACGGGAGGCAUUAUGCAAGAUCAUAGAGAGGCUUGAACAGGAGGUUGAGCAAGCCAUAAAGAAGAGGGAAGAGAUCUUGCCAGAAGCCAUACGAAUGGGUGUCUGGCCGCUACCUUCCCGAGACAAUCCGUUUCCAAAUUCACACCAAGUAUCAUGAGACCGCCUUUUUGUAGCUACGGUCUGCCAGUCCAUCUUUAUUUCUGUUGAUUGCCCCUCACGCCGCCCUCCUCUCAGUCCUCCGCAUGGCCAAACAAGAAAAUUUGUAGAUGAAUAGGCAACAGAAGAGCUUUUCUUCGCGCUUCUUCCCACCGUGAAAUUUGUUGAUAGCCAACCCGUUCCCUGUUCAGCAGUAACCACUUUUUUUCCCUUCCCAUUUGCUGCUGAAGCUCUGCUAGCACAAUGUAGUCACACAGUGUCACGUUCCCUGUUCUUGCCCCCUUUCCUUCACAGAAAUGAAUGGCUAGGAGUUUUAGGUGAACCGAACUUGCGAGGAACGAGAUUCAAGAAGGGCCAUGGAUCUACAAUGGGUGUAUAAUUCCUUGUAUAUUCGAAGGCCAGUUGAUGGCUGUGAGUUAGAGAUUGACUUCUCACAAACCCACUGCUGUUUUCUGUGAGAAAGCGUACAUACUGGGUGUGGAUGCCUUGCCUUCUACAAAACUCUGAUCAAAUUGCUCUCCUUCUGCACUUUGGCAGUUGGGCGACCUUCUUGUUUCUUCGAGAGCCCCGACCGAUGUUCCACCAAGUCCUGACUCCCAAACUCUGACAGGGGCAACUGGAUGUAUUCUUUCUUUCUUUCUUUCUUGACUUAAAUUUUCCGCUUCCUUCAUGUUUUUCUUUUCUUUUUUAAUUUAUCACUAAUCUUCUGAUGCUGACAGCUGCAGACUUCGUCUGCUGUGGCGUCCCCUCUUUCUUCAUACCUUGUGUGGAUGGGGGCAUGCAUUUCAUCACGUCUCCGUCACAUGUAACGAAGCGCGUCCGACCUCGUAGACUAUGUUAUGUCAACUGUUCCCAGAAGUAGAACUCGUAGAAAAAGUCAGGCCAGGUCAGUUCAAACCUUGGAAGAAGCUGCUUUGUUGUCGGCGGGCUUAGUUUUGGAUUCCUGAAGUGAGUGGGACUGGUGUCCUACCUUGGGAAUUGCCCAGUAGAGGUGUGACGGUCUGACAAUGACUCUGAUUGGAUCAUUGCCAGACCAACCUCCCAACCUGCCAACCUGGGUCGAUGAACUCGUCAGCUCCACGCGGCUACGGCAAGUGAGUCCCCUCCUUACAGGUGCGUAAAGCGGUACACUGGAGGGAAAUGUACUAUCGUUGGUUGCAAGGUCUCCUACGAGCUGUCAUCCAGCAAAUGGCUCUGGAACAAAAUGUUUUCCCUUUU